AUGUUUCGCGCACUUGCUAAUUCGACAACACCAGUUGGUGGCGCUUGUCGAUUACUUUUUGUACAAGUUCGUAACACAACAGCAGCAGCAGCAGCUAAAACUAAUGCACCUGAUACAAAAAAACCUGAUAUGGUACAUUUGAAACGUGAAUCAAAACCACGUACAAAAACUGUUCAAAUUUAUCGUUGGAAUCCUGAAGAACCAGAUAAAAAACCAUAUCUACAAGAUUAUAACAUAGAUUUAAAUGAUUGUGGUCCUAUGGUUCUUGAUGCUCUUAUUAAAAUAAAGAAUGAAAUGGAUCCUUCAUUGGCUUUUCGUCGUUCAUGUCGUGAAGGUAUUUGUGGAAGUUGCUCGAUGAAUAUUGAUGGUCGAAAUACUCUUGCUUGCAUUUGUAAAAUUGAUGAAUCAAGUAAACCAUUAAAAGUCUAUCCACUUCCUCAUAUGUAUGUUGUCAAAGACCUUGUUCCGGAUUUUACAAAUUUUUAUAUGCAAUAUAAAACGAUUGAACCAUAUUUAAAACGUAAAACAGAAAUAAACAUUGGAGAUAAACAAUUUUUUCAAAGUGUUGAGGACCGUAAAAAAUUGGAUGGUAUGUAUGAAUGUAUUCUUUGUGCAUGUUGUUCAACAUCAUGUCCAAGUUAUUGGUGGAAUGCUGAUAAAUAUCUUGGACCCGCAGUUCUUAUGCAAGCUUAUAAAUGGAUCGUUGAUUCACGUGAUGAAUAUACAAAAGAACGUCUGGAACAAUUCCGUGACACAUUUUCACUUUAUCGUUGUCAUACAAUCAUGAAUUGUACAAAAGCUUGUCCAAAAGGUUUAAAUCCUGCAAAAGCUAUUGGAGAAUUAAAAGCUUUAUUAGCUAAUGUUGCAACAUCACCAUCGAAAAAUUCAGCAACUGUUGGCCCCGACUAUAAAUGA